AUGUCAAAGCUUAGGGUGCCUGAAUCUCAUGUUCUGCCGUUUGAAAAGGAAAACUUCUGGGAAAUGGGUGUUACCGGUCCGUGUGGGCCAUCCAGCGAGAUUUUCUAUGAUCGCGUUACCGGACGAAGCGAUGUCGCUCAUUUGGUUAAUGUAGACGAUUCUAUUGUCGAGCUGUGGAAUAUCGUAUUCAUUUCUUUGAACAGAAUUCCUAAUGGUCGCCUUGAGCCUCUUCCCAGCAAUCAUAUCGAUACUGGUAUGGGCUUGGAACGCCUAGCCUCAGUUAUGCAAAAUGUGCCUUCAAACUUCGACAUUGAUGUCUUCACACCCAUUAUGAAGCAUAUAUCCGUGCUCUCUAAAAUGGAUCCAUAUGGUGGCCGCAUUGGUUCGGCAGAUACCAAUGAACGCGACGCGUCGUAUCGCAUUGUUGCGGAUCAUAUGAGAGGAAUAGUCAUGGCUUUGGCUGAUGGUGUUGUGCCAAGCGCUGUUGAUUCAGGAAUUCCUAAUGGUCGCCUUGAGCCUCUUCCCAGCAAUCAUAUCGAUACUGGUAUGGGCUUGGAACGCCUAGCCUCAGUUAUGCAAAAUGUGCCUUCAAACUUCGACAUUGAUGUCUUCACACCCAUUAUGAAGCAUAUAUCCGUGAAGGACUAUUUAGUCAAAAGUCACCGAACUGAUCUUGACAACUGA